AUGUCUGAUUCAGUAGUUAAUAUCGAAGACUACAUCUGUAGUGUUUGUCGUGAAAUUUUUGAUCAUCCCGUAUCCUUACCAUGCUCACAUACAUUUUGUCAUAAAUGUUGUUUUAUGUUGAAAAAAACGACAGCAAAUCAUCAACAAUAUCAUUGUGCAAUUUGUCGUGAAGUUGCUUCGUCAUUCCAUCGUAAUCGCGAUUUAGAUCAAAAACUUUCAACAUUAAAAGCACCAUGUCAGUAUUGUUCAAAAUUGUUGAUACUCAAAGAGUUACGAAAACAUACUGAAACAUGUAUAUCACAGAGUGCUGCAAAACCACCAUCGAGACCAAUAAUUCUAACUAAAACUUUAUCUGAAAGUCAACAAAAAGCACUUGAACUAGCUCAAGCUGGAGCGAAUCGUUCAACGUUUACAUGUCCAUUUUGUCAAAAAUCGAAUUUAACAUGCACGCAUCUUCGACAUCAUAUUAAAAAACAUCAUAAACAAGAAGAUCAACAACGAGUCUGUCCUAUUUGUAGUAGUAUGCCGUGGGGUGACAAAACGAUGGUGUCAUCCAAUGUUUAUCAACAUAUAAAACGUCGACAUCAGUUCGACUAUGAUACAUUCGUCAAUUAUGCACAAAACGAACAACAAAUGAUAAACGAUGCUAUUCAAGCAUCUCUAAAAGAAUCUUCUUGA